CGGCCGGCAGUGAGUGUGAGCGCGUCGUGGAGGAAGGGUCGUGUCGAGCGUCGAGCUGAGCAGCGCCACGCGGGACGAGAGAGCGAGCACAGGCGCAGGAUUACAGUGUGUGUGUGAGUGUGUGUGUGUGUGUGUGUGUGUCCGAGGGAGUAAGUGGCCAAGUGCAACGUUGUGCCCGACGACGCCCUCCAGGAUGGCGCCGUAUAGGAGAGCGGCGCUGCUGCUCCUCCUGGCGGGGGUCGCCGUCGUGGUCGUCCAGACCUCGGCGUCGUCGGCCCCCAAGGCCUCGGACGCGAAGCCCGUCGAGGACACGACCUCCGGCCCGGACCAGGCCGACGGCGAGGAUGACGCCGAGCCCGCGGAGUACCGCGAGUUCCAACAGUUCCGGUUCCCGGACGAUCCCCGGUUCGACCCGCGCCUGCACCAGCUGUCGCCGCAGCAGCAGUCGCAGAUCCUCGAGGACAUCCGCCAGCACCACCGCUUCCACCAGCAGCAGCUGCAGCUGCAGCCCCAGCUGCAGCCGCUGCCGCAGCCCGCGCCGCAGCCGCAGCACAGGCCGCUGCGCCCGCGCCCGCCGCGACCGGAGUACACUCAGCAGCUGCACCGGCCCGCGCUGCGGCCAGAGUCGCACCAGGAGCAGUUCAACGUGAUCCCCAGGCAGCCGCCGCCCUUCCGCUUCCAGAGCGACGUCGAGCAGCCCAACACGUACAAGAUCACGCUCUCUAACGCCGACAAGCCGACCGUCAACUUCCUACCGCCUCCGGGACAGGGACUCGCCCCGGUGCAGCCCGUGCUCUUCGUGCAGCAGCAGCAGCUCGACGACGCCGCUCUCCUGUCGUUCCCUCAGCACUUCGGCGGCGGUCUGGCUCUUUCCGACCAGCCUCUUCGCGAGCAGCCUCUACGAGAACAGCCUCUCCGCGAGCCGCCACUACGAGAGCAGCCACUUCGGGAACAGCCGCUUCGAGAACAGCCGCUUCGAGAACAGCCGCUUCGAGAACAGCCGCUUCGAGAACAGCCUCUUCGAGAACAGCCCCUACGAGAACAACCCCUACGAGAACAACCCCUUCGGGAACAACCCCUUCGUGAGCAGCCUCUGCGAGAACAACCCCUCCGCGAGCAAUCCUACCGACAGCCGCCCAAACACGACCCACUGUUCAUCAACCCCGCGCCCGUACCCCAGCGCCCCAGCGCCCCCAAGGAGCACGACGCUCCCCGGUACAGCUCGGCCGAGUACGCCAAGGAGAACACGAUCGCCACGUCGUCGCAGAACUACUUCUCGCAGAGCUUCAACAACCACAACAACCAGAACAAGCAGCCCAACAAGAUUGACCCGCUGCUCAGUAACCACCAGACGACCCCCGACUACUUUGAGCCGGCUGUGACCCCCUUCCCGCCGUCCAGGACGCAGCCGCCCCGGUCGGAGGUGAUCCACGACCUGCCGAUCAUCCCCGUCACCAGGCCCCAGGUCGUCACCGAGGCACCGAAGGUGCACAGCUCCGGACAGAAUAAACCUCUGUACUUCGGCGACCGCAAACAGCCCAAGCUGGGACCCACCCUGCUGCCGACCUUGCCCAAGAUCAAGUUCCCGAAGGAGCUCGAGGAAGAGUACUCGCUGGUGAGCGUCAAGCACCUCAACGAGGCCGUGUCCGAGGCGGAGCAGGCGCGCAGCACCGAGCGACCCCGCAACGCCAAGAUCCGGUUGGAGAACCACCUUCUGCAGUACGGGCAGGGGGAGACCGUGCAGACCACCACCAGCGACUACUCGUCCGCCAUCCACAUCCAGGAGGACAGGAAGCAGCUCCUCGACCAGAUCACCAAGGCCCACCAGUCGGAGCAGGCCACACGGCCGCCGCGGCCGCGCAAGACCACCAAGCCCCCCAAGGAGAUCAUCGAGAUCACCUACCAGCAGAAGCCCAGCACGCCCCGGCCGGUGACCAAGUCCACCCCGAAGGUCAAGACGGACGACAUCGUGCACCCGCCAGACCUCCAGGAGCAGCUGCUCAAGCAGCUCCAGGAGCAGUUCAGCCAGCGCAAGGACUUGAUCCAGCAGCUCAAGCUGGACCCGGAGGCCGGCGUGCUGCCCUCCAACAUCCUGACCUCCACGGACCUCCUCCCGAAGAACGCCACCGGCCCCAUCAUCACCUCCGGCGGCCAGAAGUACCAGGUGAUCCAGCUCCCCGCCAAGGAGGCCCAGGCCCUGCUCGCCAAGCAAAAGGCGGGCAUCCCACCCAAGGUAACAACCGCCACCCCGACGACAACGCCCAAGCCCCCCAAGAAGGUCAUCGACGAGCUCACCAGGGGCGUCAUCCCCCACGGCGCCGACUUCGAGAUCAUCCGCAAGACGGAGGACGGGCGGCUGGAGUCGGUGCGGGGCGUGCCCUCGUCGUCGCCCGACAAGAAGGUGACCUUCGUGCUGCUCGAGGAGCAGCAGGACGGCUCGUACAAGGUGCAGGGCGUGCGCGGGAACGAGGCCAGCAAGGAGAACGGCGGCGAGGAGGUGGACUCCAUCCUGAAGAAGAUCAAGGCGGGUGAGAUCGAACUGCCGCCGCCGUCCCGGGACAACAACGUGGCCAAGAGGACCACGGCAGCGCCGCCCGUCAGGAGCUCGUCCACGGACUCGUACGCCUCGCCGUCGGCGCCGACGUACGGCUCGUCGACCACAGCCAGCACCCCGACGACCAGCUACAGCGACCCCGUCACCAACAACAUCAAGGUGUACGUCAACAGCGGCUCCGGCGACCUGUCCAGCCCCAACAACAUCUACAGCACCGCCACCCCGGACGACUUCCCCUACUCGUCGUCAACGUCCAGACCGACGUACUCCUCCGUGCCGACGUCACCCGCACCACCGUCGACCGUUUACGACACGUACUCGCCGACGGUCUCCAACACUACGGACUACGUGACGGCCGGGCAGUCGUACUACAACACUGACGCCGUGCCCGCCACGCACAGCAGCCCGCGACCCAACUCCUACUUCACGGAGCCGACGACCAACCCCGAGGCCAACUGGCAAGUGUCGGCGUCGUCCUCGCCGUCGUACCCGAGCCCCAGCUCCAUCCCGAACGUGAGCCCCAGCUCUAUCCCCGUCCCCAGCUCGACGCCCAGCCCCGCGCCCUCCAACUACUACUCCCCCACGCAGCAGUUCCUGCCCACCGUCACGCCCAUCCCGGACAACGCGCUGCCCUCCUCGACGGCCGAGCCCGGCCCGUACUCGGUGGAGCCCCAGCUCCAGCAGAAGGACCAGUACAACCCGGAGACCCACUUCCCGAGCUACCCGGACCCGACGACCUCGUACUACGACAGGGACACGGACGAGCCCUCGGAUAAGAACCACCGCUCUCUCUACAGCAGCGUCAACCACAAUAAGUACGCGAACGUGUCUGCCAUCCGGGUGGCGGACAGGGCGCCCGACUCGCUCAUCGACACCCUCAAGCGCAACGGCCUGCACGCCAUGGCGCGCUUCCUGCGGCAGUCCGGGCUCGACAGCAUCCUCAACGACACGGGCCCGUACACGGUGUUCAUCCCCACGGACCGCGCCUUCAAGACCCUCCUCGUGCAGCUGGGAGGCCCCGACCGCGCCGAGGAGAAGUUCCGGGAGAACCCGCGACUGCUCAGCGGGCUGCUGCUGCACCACGUGAUCCCCGGCGCCUUCAGGUUGGCGGCGCUCCAGGACGAGAUGACGGGCGUGUCGCUGGCCGGGACGCAGCUCCGUGUCAACACCUACACGUCGCAGGACGACGAGUGGAACGACGUCCAGGUCGUCACCAUCAACGGCGCCCAGGUGCUGCAGGAGCUCAGCGACCUGUCCAUCCCGCAGGGCGUGGCGCACGCCGUCGACAGGGUCAUGUUCCCGCUGCCCGUCGGCGACCUGGUCCAGACCAUGACCGCCGACAAGGACAGGCGCUUCGGCACCUUCCUGCGAGCCGUGCGAGCCUCGGGGCUCUCCGACAUGCUUACAGGGGGCAAGACGUACACGGUGUUCGCGCCGACGGAGCGCGCCUUCCAGGGCCUCAAGGACGCCGACCUGGCCAGGCUGACGACGGAGCGGGCGGGGGCGCGCGCUCUCGUGCUCAAGCACAUCAUGCCCACCACCUUCUACUCGGCGGGCAUGAGGUACUUCCAGGUGCGGGAGAGCAUGGCGCGGGGCAAGCAGAUCACCAUCGUCAACGAGGACGGUCGGAUCAAGGCCAACGCAGCCCUCAUAGUGACGCACAACAUCCCGGCCACCAACGGGGUGGUCCACGCCAUCGACACGCUCCUAUGAUGGGGUCCUUGAGGUCCUCGACGUCCUCGGCAGGCCCCUCGUCGGGGAGCCCUCGAUGUAAGAGGGCCCUCGAAGGGGGUCCUCGAUAACAAGCCCUUUCGAUCUACGGUAUUGGAACGCCCAUGCCUCACCGUUCGGGAACAACGGCGUUACACCUCUCAUAUAGGAAUGACUUCCCAAACGAUAUUGAAACGAUAUCAAAAAGACAGUUUCCAAAUUUCGUUUCGAUAUCGUUGUGCAAGUCAUGUCGCGACUGAGCUGGAAACGCAAAAAUAGGAAUACAGUAUAACGUCAAUGAAAAGAAUUACUACCUUUUUAUUUUCGCAUUGAGUUUGAGGGGUGUUGAAAAGAACCACCACCUCUUUUUUAUAUUAUUUUUAAUGUUUCGUUUUCAUGAGGGUGAGUCGAUACUCGUAACGCUGACCGCGGUGACCCCGGGCGAGCGUUACGGCCAGGGGCCCGGGCUCGGUAAUGACUCGCCACCGCCAUUUGAAAACCUUACUUGCGGAAACAUUUUGGAAGAGGCAAAGCGGCGGCGGCAGCGGUGGCCAUGGCCCAGGGACGUGACGUGCGGCCGCCCUAACAAGGGACCGUGCGGAAGCCACGUCAAGAAGGGGGGGGGGGGUAAAAAUAUCAUGGGGUCUCUAAAGGAUCAGGACGGUCAUUGGAGUCCCACGGGGAGCCCAUGAUAUUUGUACCCCGGGGUAAAAAUAUCAUGUGGCCUCCUUUGGACUCCCCUGACCGUCCUGAUCUUUUUGUAACCCCAUGGGAUUUGUACCCCCCUCCCAAUCCACGAGGUUUCCUAGACGUCCCCUAACAAGGGCCGGCGGACACGGCGGGGCGGGGCGGGGCGCUGGACACGCUACCUCGCGGCUAUGUUUUAUUAGCUACCUUUGUAUAAGCGGGGAGGCGGUCCGCCCGUCUGUCUGUCCGUCUGUCUGCUCCGCGCCUCGGGAUGAGCCGCGUUACGUCACAAGUUUUACUGACCAUCGCCUCGGCGAGCCGCAUUGAGGUUGGUCAGUGUGCGUAACAUGGCCACUUAAAAGUGACCGACCCGCCGCGGCGUGGUCUCCACCCGCCGCGCCCCGCCACGCCCCACCACGCUUCGGCCGUUAAGCCCGUGUCAUGUGCGGCAUAGGGAAAUGCACCGGACCCCGCCCCAUCACCCUGCUGAACUCUGUGCCGCGUCACGAAUACAAUCGACUCGACUCACCUCAUUCAUGAUUUGUUAUUGCCAAUAUUUUAUAAAUUGAAAUCCGUAGCAUAUCUCAGAAGGAACAACUCUAUGAAUUUAUUCAUAAAUUAGUGCAUCCAAGUUAAUUUUUUCUGAUUUCCUGGAUAGGUGAGACAUAGGACGCGUCGAUAAGUUUGAUAAAUUGAAAACAAAAAAAAAUCACAUCUUGUAUAAGACGUUGCCUGGUCAAAAUUUAUUUAUUUCUGUUUGUGGUGGACUGUUGUGUUAAUUCCUCGGUUAUAAAUUUGUGAUUUUUGUUAAUGUAAAGAUUCUUGCACUCUCUUGGUUUCUGCUCAAGCAAAUAAUUGUUACGUUUUGUUGUGGUGUUCAACAUUAACGGGGUGUUCGACCUUGGUUUGAUCGAUUUUUUUGCAUUCCUGUUUUGAGGGAAACUUGACUGAUGUGAGUGUGAAAAAACACGAACAACAUUCCAUUGUAUGAAUGAGUAGUGAAAAAGUGUGUGUGUCUUUGUGUGAUCAUGUGUAAAAGGUCGUGUGUCUGUGACGUUAUUCUUAUUACUUCUGUCUUUUUAAAGGAUAUUAUUGUAUAAAAUGUCGAGAAAACAAAAUACUCGAUUGCCAUUUCUUUAUUGUAAUAUACGUUAGAUAAGUAGAACUUGAUUUAAAACAAAUUGCAUCAAACAGCUGUACGUGUAAAGAACAGAUUUUGGAUUUAAAAAAAAAAAGGAAACAAGUAUUACAGACAGGACGAUUGUUUCAUUGAGUCACGCUGGUCUAGACUCAGGUAUCAAAUGAGUUACCAUAACAUACAUCAGUGUGUCCAGCAGCAAUCAGCUGUAGCGCUUCGACGAUAUGUCUAUAAUAUGUAUGCCAUGAUGUAAAUUAGUCACUGUAAAACUGGGAAAACAAUUACCAUCUGUAAAGUAAUAAUCAAUCAUACCAUAGCAGUAAGGAAACUCGUUCCCGCCCAGUUUCAGACAGUGUUCUUAGAGAUUACUUUUUUACUACCUAAUGAUGCCCUGCAUUGUAUUUAUGAUGAUAAAUAAAUAAAUAUGUAAUUUUGUACAAAACCGA